CAGGUCAGCUGGCGCAUAAUGCACAUGGCACCCGCAUUUCUGUUCUUCCGAUCACUUCAAUCUCCUUCUCCAGCGUCACUCUGAAGGGUACAGGGUCGGUACACGCAGAGUGAUCAAACCUGUGACCUGCACACGCACCUGCCUAUCAGAUUCCUGUUUGUAUUUCAGCCUUCAGGACCUUCAGGAUUGAUGCAGACCUAUAUUUUGGCACAAUUAUGAGCAAAAGUAAAAAGAAGAAUGUGUAUAAUGAGGAUGUGGAAAAAAAAAUUCGCCACAUGCAGUACAUCGUUCACCAGAAAUGUCCCCAGGAAAUUUCACCCACUGAGCUAGCAGAUAAAGAGAAAGAGACAUUCUUAUUCCUUAAACUGGUCAAUCAUGUGGAAUUUUUACCUUACCUUCCGUGGAUCGAGUGCUGCAAGGACAAUAAACAAUCAUCAGACGAUGUUCUAUCGACUCGAGACUCAUUACUCGACAGUGUCUUAUUCACCAAAAACAAACUGCUCAGGACGCUCUACGUUACCCAGACAUUGGCCAUGCCAGAGUAUGCGGACAAAGAAUUAUACAACUCACAACUUUUGUUCUGCAACAAAGCAAAGACUGAGGAGGAUCGAAUCUACGACCUUACGAUGGCAACUCGGACAGCCUUCAGCAUUGAAUGCUCUGGUCUCUCCUUCUGGAGCAAGGUGGACGAGGCCGCCAGGAAUAAUGACGAGUCUGCACUGAUGGCCUUAACAGCUUUUAUCACCAAUUACUCUUCGAAGAAACUUCUUGCCCAUAGAAUGCAAAACCCUGGAAAGACGGAAACGGGCACCGCUGAGGAUUUCCUGUUCAAUGAAGGUGUCCUGUGGCAACUGCAUUUCAAUCCUGUCCUGCUCAACCAGUGGCUUGUAGCAGCUCAAAACACUUUGCUGUUUCACAGAACAAAAUACAUUUGUUAUAUUAACAAGAGCUCGUCCUUCCCACCACAGAUUGCCCCUUCCGUCCAACUUAUUUUUGUGUUCUUUAGAGAUCUUCAGAGAAGACUUAACUACGGAUUUGCGCUGAUUGGCCAUCAGGUGAAAAUGUUUCCAGAGAAAGACGAGCGAGUGACUAAACUGAUCAUGGAGGACGUUGUUGCACCCUGUUUGGCCUCUCUGAAGGCCUUCCUCUUGGAUGAUAAUAACAAAGCAUUAUUUGAGUACCUCAUCACAGCUCUUCCAGGUAUCAUUGUGGAACUUCGGGCCAGGUCCGAUCCAUCUGUUGAAAACAAGGAAGUUUUCUUCCAUAAUGAGAACAUCCAUGUGGACCCUGAUGAUGAACUAGAGGAAUCCAUGUACACCUUUCUGUACUGGGUCAACAGUGAAAAAGUGAUCAAGCCUUGCUUUGGUGACAUCCGGAUCAAAAUCGAGGACCUGAAGGCGAAAAUCAAUGAGAGCAAGAUUUUCCCACUUUUGGACAAAGCGCUUAUUUACAUGAACUCACUGGACAAAGCUUUAAGCAAGGUUUAUCUCUCCGAUGAAGUAAAAGUUGAAGAUGACACCAAGAGCAAAUUUUUAAAAUAUUUAAUUUUAUGUUACGUGAAAAAUCACAACGGAACCGAACUUCUCAGUAUCACUCACAGCAGUUGCUUUCUAACUUUGCUUCUUCAACUGCAAAAGUCCAUCAUGUUCGAUUUCCUAUCUAGAACACUCUCUUAUGUUGCAAACCAAAAAACAUACCAAGAAGACACUGCUGAAAAAUUCAACUAUAAGGGUGAAGAUUUGGAACUAAACAUUAGGAACUUCAGCAUAUUUGAAGAGAGUGGCGGCUUUCAGCGGAUAGCUGAUUAUUAUUUGAAGCAAUGGGAUGGAUCCAGCUAUAUUCCUGAAACGUUUAUGCAGAUGCUGGACCAAGCCAAGCCACAGAAUUCAAUUGAGGAACGAGUGUACCAACUGGCAAAGGAAAUGGUCUGUCUGGAAACUGAAAGUAAUACAAGAUACCCUAACUGGACCUUCAUCUACUACAUCCUGCCAGCUUUGGUCAAUUGCUUCCGCAAAGAUAGUAGCACCGAAUUCAAGCACAAGUUGUCCGUUUUCUUCCUUGAGGAGCUAGUCGAACUUUUUUCCAAAGAUCACAAUGCUUGGAAGUCUCGAUCAGAUCCUGCGGAUUCAACAAACAACCUGCUUUCAGGAAAUCCGAGCUAUGCAACAUCCAUUCUGGCAUUUAGGAAAAUGUUCCUGGACCGUAUUUGCAGUGUGGUGCCAAAGAAGUUCAGAACAAUCUCAACUCCGAUAAUUAAGUUGAAUGAGCUGCUCUCCCAGAACGCAGCCAACAAUGUUCCAUCCGCAGACCCUGCCAUGACAAAUUAUCUGCACAGGUUUGCCCUGGAUUGGACCCUGAAAGGUGCUCAAUGGACGAACAUGAUAAUUUUCGCCCUGACUGAAGGCAUUGCCAGAUUUGGGUCUUUGUGUGCAUCUGCCGAGGCUUCACCAGCGUCUUCACAGCUCAAAAGUCUGCUGCUGGCAGUUUACUCGAUGAUUGAACUGGUGAGCGUUUUCGAGACUGAGUCCUCUUCGGCCAAAGGUUGCACCUUCAGACUGCAAACACUUGAGGAGGUGUACUUGGAACUGGUGGGAGGAAGCAAAGGAAAGGGCAAAACUGCAGUCACAGCCUGGCAAAGACUCGGCGUCCUUCUGCACCAACUGUACGAAAUGUGCAAGACCGUUCGAGUCCCGGAGAACUUCACCCCACCAAACUACUACCCUGAGGACACCAAACUCAUUCUCAAGUACUUUUCCCAAAAGGACCUGCGCAAGCUCAAGCUGGAAAUUGCUUCGAUGUGCAUCAAUCCUUACCGCGAAAAUCGGACUUGGGUUACCUUGGAAGACAUCAGGAAACCUGCCGAAAAGCUGUUGUUUGCGCCGUACCUGUCGAGACUUGAUAAAGAAGAGGACAAAAUCAGAAGCUGGGACGAAGACUUGCUAUUGCCCCUGAAGCACUGCCGUUUCUGUGGAAGCGUCGAAGAGAAUCUGGUCAUGUGCAGCUUUUGCGACGAUGACGAAGAAUAUCCUGAUGUCAACUGGUUCUGCAGAGAGGAGUGUGAGGAUCUUGCCAUGAAGAAAUGCCAGCACAACGAGGAGCAUGACAAAUUCAUAAUUGAGAAAAUCUGUAUUUGAAAUCAGAUGAAAUUCAAUUCUUUCCUACUUACAUUUUAAAAAUAUGAUAUCUCCAUU